UACAGUUGUAGUUGCUUCCCUUUUAUAAUUUUCGCCAUUUGUACUAAAUUUGAAGGAUUUAUUUUCCAUUAACAAAAGAACACUUUGGACAAAUCAUUUCAGGUCUUGUCUCAACAUUAGUGACCAACAUGAAGGUGUUGGAUGUAUCUAGUAUACAGGAUAUACCUGGCUAUGUUGAGAUUUUGAAAUUUGUCCUUAAAACUCAGAUACAAAAUCUGGUGGAGCAGUUACAGGAUCAUGCAGGGGAGGAAACUCUUGUUCUCUCUGCCAAUCUUACAGCAGGAACAUUAAGUCACCUGGAAUCUGAGAGAGGUCAGGGGUUUUUAGAUAUGAGAGAUGACAUCAAGUCUCAGUUCCUGACUCAUUGUUUACAAGGGAAGCAGAAAUACCAUACAGCUGAACCACCUGGUCAGAGAACUGCAUGUCAGAGGGUAAUAGUACCUCCUAAUGUUGACCUUAAAGGUGAUAGAGUCAUGGCUGAACAACUUUCAGAAUCUUUGAAAUCUACUACCACUGAGAGGGAACCAGCCUGUACUACAAUGUCACAUGAUGGUUCCACCAUUCUAUCUCAGUCAGAAAGGUUUGAGUUUAUACAUGCAGGAACCAGUAAAUUAACAGAAAUAGGAGAUUUUGGAAAACUGAGUACAAGGUCAACACAGGCAGAAAGUUCAAGGCCAUUUGAAAAAAAUGCUUUAAAGUUAUCAGAGUCAAGAAGUGUUGUGUUUCCCCAAUUAAAUUCAACCUUAUUAACUCAGUCUAGUGGUACAGGGUAUCACCUGUUUAACAAGAAGUUAUUUGUUGAUAAUAUAAGUGGAGAACCUACUUCUGAUACUCAUAAUUUGUUGUUGCCAGGCAACCAAGCUGAUACUCAUAAUUUAUUGUUACUAGGUAACCAAGCAGAAACUCACAGGUUGCUGUUGCCUAGCAACCAGGGGCAGCCACAGCAAACAAUUUCUAACUCUUUAACAAAUCAAACAGAUAAUUUUAAAGAUGCUCCAGUAAUGACAAACAUUCAACAGCAUGACAAAGUUGACUGUAUCCCCAGACAGAACUCAAACAAAAUGAUGUCUCCACUUAAUACAUUGUUGUCUGGCCAGCCAGUAACUAAUUUACCAUUUGUUGCACAUUCAGUGUCGGGACAAUUUACAAAUCUACCAACUAUAAACCAGUCCGCUGUAAAGGACAUUUUGAAUUUUCCUAUGAAUACUCCAGUUGUCCCACAGUUUUUAUCAAAUUUACAAUCUAACAUUUCCCCAGUAAAAGUUACUGAUAAAAAUCCAAGUGUAACAUCUUCAGCAAAAUUAGAACAAACUACAUCUUUACUAUGCCCCGAUACUUUAUACAACUUGUUUGGAAAUCUGAAAAGUUCACCUGUUAAAACUGUACCAGUUUCCAGUGUACAUGUACCAAAUCAGGAAAAUAUAACAGGAUUUAAAGUUAAUGCAGAUUUUAAUUUAUUACAAGAUAACACACAAGUGUCUACAAACUGUUCACAGAAUGCAAAUUUAAAACAAAGUAGCAUAUCAACCGCCAAUGAAGUUGUAUGUAAAACUACAAAAAGAAAACAGAAAAGAAGUACAGGGCCAAAGCUUCAAACAGAAAAUACUAUCUUGCAAGAUACACCAGUAAAGAAGGUUCGAGUUUUAUCACCAGAAUUUUCAGCCAAUCAAACCAUUGUAACAAUGCAUCAAAUGACGUCAUCCUGUCAGAGUAAAGACAUAUCAAAUUCUCCUUCAGUGACCUCUAUGAUUACAAACUUUUCUACUCCAAAUGUUAGCAAUACAGCAGGAUUCUCACUUCUCAAAAUGCCGCCUGUUGUUUUAAUAGAUGAUCCAAAUCAUGGAAAGAGAAAAAUAUUUCUGGAAUCUGGUUCCCUGAAUACUGCUGACAGCUGCAGUAAAUCACUGGACCAUUCUAAAUCAUUGCUGGACGAAUCAAAUGGCCAGAGUGUUCAUUCAGUCAGUAGUGUAACCAAGCAUGCCCUAGAUGGGAAGGAGAAAGACAAAACAAAGAAAACUUUAUCAAGUAAAAUAGAUGAAAUCACACAGCGUAUAACGAAGGAUGAUGCUAUAAAGCAGCACACAGUUCAGACCAGUGACUGUGAUCAUGAUAACAAUAUGACAACAUGCUCUAAUAAUUCUAGAACAACACCAGCUGGUUACCAUAGCAACAAUGACAGUUUAAAUAAUGACAGUCCUAAUGUAUCUACUCCUCCUAGUGUGGAACAUCUACAUGAUGGUGACCCUACAAAAUUAAAAGAUGGCUCCAGAGCUUCACACAGGAAACCGAAACUACCAAGAUACAAUAUAGGAGUAGCUAGUGAUGACGAGGACAACUCGGAAGUUAUAAAACCCCCAUGCAUCUCAAGCCCAGAAACUCCCAUCAAAUCACACAUUAGUCAGUUCCCUAUAUCACCCUCAGCUGUUAACAUUGGUCAUGACGAGGCACAGGAUAUAAUCAGUAUUCAAGUUGCUGGGGAAGACUCUGAGACAUCAUUCCCUCAUAUAAACCUAGAGGAGCUAGCUGACGGACUUUUGUUGACAGAUUUACCAAUUGUUAGUUAUUAUAAUAAUGUUGAGGACUCUAGUAAAUCUCUGAUUGAAAGUGUGUUUAAUUUAAAACCUGGUAGAGACCCAAACACUAAAAAACCUCUAAAUUCUCAGUCUGUAAUUGUUAGUGGUUCUAAGUUAGAGAAAGAUUGGGUAAAAUGUCCGUUAUGUCCGGACAAGUUCCUCACAGUUGAAGCGCUUCAGUAUCAUAUAAAGAACGUGAAUCAUGUUGCCAAGAGAUACGAGUGUGAUUUAUGUAAACGUAAGUUUAGUCAGUUACGUGAUAUGGAGCGACAUAGACGUAUUCACACAGGUGAACGACCUUUUACCUGCGAUGUUUGUAACAAAUCUUUCUCUCGGAAAGAUAAUCUUAAAUCUCAUGCAAGGAAACAUACUUUAAAGUAAAUUACUAAAAAUAUUUUAUAUUGUUUUGAAUAAGGACUGUUAGUGUUUAUGUAUGAAUUUGCCUUGAUGAUAAGAUUUGGUGGGUAAUUAAAUAAAUGCCUAGAUUUAACUAUUUUUAGCUCACCUGUCACAAAGUGACAGGGUGAGCUUUUGUGAUCGCUUUUCGUCCGGCGUCCGUCCGUCCGUCGUCCGUCCGUAAACUUUUGCUUUAAAUGACAUCUCCUCAUAAACCACUGAGCCAAUUUCAUCCAAACUUCACAGGAAUGUUCCUUUGGUGGUCACCUUUAAAAAUUAUUCAAAGAAUUUAAUUCCAUGCAGAACUCUGGUUGCCAUGGCAACCGAAAGAAAAAUCUUUAAAUAUCUUCUUUUAAACAACCCUAAGAGCUAGAGCUUAGAUAUUUGGCAUGAAACAUCUUCUAGUGAGUGUCUACCAAGUUUGUUCAAAUAAAAGCCCUGGGGUCAAAAUUGGCCCCGCCCCGGGGGGUCAUUGAUUUUCCCUAUAUGCAUAUAGUAAACACUUAAAAAAUCUUCUUUUAAAGAACUGUAAGAGCUAGAGCUUAGAUAUUUGGCAUGAAACAUCUUCUAGUGAAUGUCUACCAAGUUUGUUCAAAUAAAAGCCCGUGGGUCAAAAUUGGCCCCGCCCCAGGGGGUCAUUGAUUUUCCCUAUAUGCAUAAAGUAAAAACUUAAAAAAUCUUCUUUUAAAGAACCCAAAGAGCUAGAGCAUAGAUAUUUGCCAUGAAACAUCUUCUAGUGAAUGUCUACCAAGUUUGUUCAAAUAAAAGCCCGUGGGUCAAAAUUGGCCCCGCCCUGGGGGGUAAUUGAUUUUCCCUAUAUGCAUAUAGUAAAAACUUAAAAAAUCUUCUUUUAAAGAACCGUAAGAGCUAGAGCUUAGAUAUUUGGCAUAAAACAUCUUCUAGUAAAUGUCUACCAAGUUUGUUCAAAUAAAAGCCCUGGGGUCAAAAUUGCCCCGCCCCAGGGGGUCAUUGAUUUUCCCUAUAUGCAUAUAGUAAAAACUUAAAAAAUCUUCUUUUAAAGAACUGUAAGAGCUAGAGCUUAGAUAUUUGGCAUGAAACAUCUUCUAGUGAAUGUCUACCAAGUUUGUUCAAAUAAAAGCCCUGGGGUCCAAAUUGGCCCCGCCCCAGGGGGUCAUUGAUUUUCCUUAUAUGCAUAUAGUAAAAACUUAUAAAAUCUUCUUUUAAAGAACCCAAAGAGCUAGAGCUAAGAUAU